UGAAAUUGAAACAGUAAUAGGUAAGUUUAUUCAGAGAAGUGAAUGUUAGUGUCUGAUGAAGGAGUUAUACCAAUUAUAUAUCUUUUUUAUUCUGUAUAGGUCAUCCAUAAUCAGAAAAACUUUUAUCCAACCUCAAAAAAGUACGUCAUUCUGGUGAUUUCAUUGAACAUCUGUGAUCUUUCAUUUCAUAAAAAUCAACAUAGUAAACCUGGUCAACAUUGGAGGCGUAUUGACUAACAGGAUUGUGUGAAUUGUUUAGUCAAGAAAAUGCCGUCCUGCAUUGUAAAUGAAUGUUUCAGCAAAACAGGUCGCAAAGGACAAAGUGAAAACAUUAUCCUUCAUCGUUUUCCUCCAGAUUUUCAAAGAAUUCAAACAUGGCUAGAGCAGACUAGACAAAGGUUCAACGAUAUUAACAGCAUGGUUACCAAAAUAAUGGAGGGUAGGAAAAAGGACAAAUUUAGAAUCUGCUCUUGUCAUUUUACACACGAUUGCUACGAAGUGAUUAACCACCAAAAAUAUCUUAAAAAAGAUGCUUUACCAACAAUUUUUCCAAUAAUUGAAGAUGGUGGAAGCAUAAUAUCGGAAUCCUUUAAAAAAAAAAACAGUAUAAAAGAAGGAGAGACUGCAAACAAAUGUUAGCUUUGAAUGAACCUUCAGAAUCGAGUACAAUAGUGGAAGAGUUAAUUAAUGAAGAGACACAAGUGUCCAGUAAAUUUAAAGAUGCUAGUACACAGACCAACUACACUUUCAGUAAUUGUGUCAUCGCAUUCAAGGAGGAGUAUGAAUGCACUACUGUCUCCAAUCCAAACUUUACUAAUAGGGUUUUCGGGUUACCAAUAACCUCUUCGACUCCACAUUCCAUAAUAAAUUCAACAAGAAAAUACCAUACAGAAGAAGUUGCAUCUCCUUUAAGGAAAAGGCGAAAUUUGGAAAAAGAAUUUUUUCCUAAUGAGAUCGAUCCAGUUACUGAAGACUUAGAAAUACUUCUCCAAGAGACACAAGAAAAAACAAUAGAAGAUGAUUUAAUGAAUUUAUCCAUUAAUGUUACGGAAGAAGAGUUAGACAAUUCGAAAAAGGAUGAAACUUACAUUCCACAUGAUCAAAGCUUGACAUCUAACGAUAACGAAACCUUAAAUUCAUUCAAUACAUUUUCUAAUAUCCAAAAACAACAAACACCAUUGGUCAACUUUACAGAAGAAAAAGACUUGGUGUUGGAAAAUAAACUUCUAGUUUUUGAAUCAUGCCUGGACAAUCUCUUGUAUAAGGUAAAAUGUCAAUUUGAUGUUGACUGUCCAUUUCUUAUUAAAAGUUUUAAAAAGAAUAUUGAAGGAACCUAUAUGUCAGUGAAUGCAACUUGUGGUAUAGGUCACAAAUUUAAAGUUUUUGAAAACCAACCAAAAAUUAAAAAUUAUGGCGCGGGCAAUUUACUUCUCGCUGCAGCAAUCUUGUUUAGUGGACUGAAUUUUCAUAAGGUAAAAGAACUUUUUAAUAUAUUUGGCCUGUUGAGUUUUUCUGAAAAAAGUUUUUACCGUUACCAAAGUAAGUUUCUUUUCCCUGCAAUUGAUUUGGCCUGGCAACUAGAUAAAAAAUCUACCAAAGAAGAUAUUCUGCAUAAAGAUUUGUGCAUUGCAGGCGACGGGCAGUGUGAUAGCCCUGGACAUAAUGCAAAAUAUUGCGUGUACACAAUGAUGGACACCGUCACAAUGAAAAUAUUAGACUUUGAAGUCGUGCAAAGAACUCAAUGUUCUUCAUCUGUUGCUAUGGAGAAGCAUGGCUUCGGGAUUGUUCUCGAUCGAAUACUAAAUGAAAAAUACAACAUAAAAAUAUUUGCAUCUGAUCGGCAUGUCGGAAUCAGAAAGAAAAUGAGACAGGAAUAUAGCAAUAUCAAACACCAGUUUGAUGUAUGGCAUUAUGCCAAGUCACUCAAAAAGAAGCUUACUUCUGCAAGCAGAUUAAAGUUAUGUAAGGAGAUAACACCUUGGAUUCCAAAAAUAAUCAGGCAUUUUUGGUGGAGCAUACAAACUUGCGAUGACAACAAUGACCUUUUGAAAGAAAAAUGGCUAUCGCUAUUACAACAUCUAAUUGAUCAACACCAGUGGGAUGGAGAGUUGUAUUCCGAAUGUUCACAUGGCGAAAUUGUUGUUGAAAAUGAUGAUAACAUUUUUUGGCUACAAAAAGAUAAACCACCUUAUCUCCACAUUCAAAAGAUUGUAAAUAGCCGGCAACUAGAGAAUGAUCUUCAACAUCUGGUACACAACUGCCAUAACAGGGGCUUUAGAGAAUUUCCAUAACCUUGCAUUAAAGUAUCGCACAAAGAGGAUACACUUCUCCAUUGACGGUAUGGAAGCGCGGACUAAAUUGGCCGUCUUAACACAUAAUAACAAUGUCGGUAGAACACAGGCAGUUGUAACUGUUGAAAAGAAAAAAACAGAGCCUUUAGGCACACGAAGAACCAACAUUGUGUUACCAAAAGGCAAUAGCCGUUGGAUAGCAAGGAACAUCUAUGAGAAAAUGUCCGUAAAGUAUCUGGAGAAAUUGUGCAAUGAUGUUCUCAAAAUUGCUAAUGGAGAAUUGGAUUCAGACUGGACUUCAAGAGCUCCUUCACUUCCUCCUAAUAUUAGUAACAUGGAGAGACCCAACAAGGAGGAUAUAAAAAAACAAAGACUCAUUUGGACAAGAGGAAUUUUUAAAUCCUAAUUUCAACGCAUCCCAGAUUAUAAAAGUAAAAAAAAUAAGACUACAAGAAGAAGAAAUCAAAGUUUUUGAAAAUUUCUACCACUGUUUAGUUCAAAUGUUAUAUAUGUUUGUUUAAAAAUUAAAAAAUAAUCUUAAGAAAUUAUAAUCAAGUACAAAAAUUUUAAAAAGAAUUCCAUCAUCUUCCAAUUUCAUUAUAGAUUUCUCUGUGUAU